UACCUUGCUAUGACAUGGCAUGUUAAGAGUCGCAAGCCGAGGAAGGUGUGACUCUUCCAACAUUAUUUGGCUGACUGGUUAAGUUACUUGUAUGUGGUGAAAAGCGCUUUCUGAUCACAUGAUUUGUGCAUACCGUUCCAGAAAUAGGAAUAACAACAAGGCUGUGUUAUCCGUUUCUGCUAAUCAAACUAGAUAGCCAAUAGCCUAGCUAACAUUAUUUGGCUAAUGAAUAACUACUGUAGAUAGCUAACUAGUAAUUGGAAUGGAAUUUGGAAGCCUCUUAAUUUUGCUAGCUGAGUAUCCUGAGUGCAAAAGGCUUCCUUCAGUUCAGUGGAAGUUUUAUUGGUGAAUCACGGUUCAGUCUUCAAACUCAGUCACCAUGUCUGAUACCAAGAUGUAUUACAGCAGACCAACUCUUAUUUCCAAUUGGCAUAAAAACAGAGAGGCCGAACCCAAAGACUAUGACUUCACUCGUUGUCCAGAUGGAAAGAAGAAACUCAGCAAAUCUACCUACAAACACUUUGGAACCUACAUGGAUGCUGAUUGGAGCACCAGUACAGAAACCCAAAUGUCACAGUAUCUACUGAAGAGAGAUUAUGAGCCCAAGAAGAUUCUCAAGUCUAUGGUAGAGGCUGGCCACUUCCAGUCUGCAGACUUUGACAAACGUACAGUCAGCAGAGACACAGCAGGACAUGUGACUGGUGUGACCAAUAGCAUCCUGCCACAUCAUCGCCCCGGGCAUGACAAGAUGAAGUUGGACUCCACAUAUGCAGUGGAUUACCUGCCCCCAUGGGACUCCAGCAAAGAYGCGAGAACCAUGAAGGGCCUAGCAGCAGACAGCAUUCCUGACUACAGGAAGCCCCAGUCCCAGUUCACAGACACCGCCGACUACCGUCGCGGGGGCAGGAACACCUGGCAGGAUGAGAGCGGGGUCUAUGGUACCCUGGGAGCCACAUCCAGGGCCCAGGCUCAGCCAUCCAACCCCAUCUGCCCCUAGAACCCUCACCCUCCCUGGGGAACCACCACAGCAUGGCCUCCUUAACCUGGAUCUCACUGACCAAGACUAUUUUUCUCACUACAGACUUUACUGUAGCAACUUUUUACCUCAGUAUUUCUCURUCUUUCACCUCGAGCUAUUGCUGUUUUGUCAUUUUUACAUGAAUAAAGCAAGUAUUGCAUGCCCAACGUUUGUUUUCCAACAACAGUGUUUCAUUGGAGUGGUGUCAGUGGAAAUGGAUACACCGCUGUGCUCAGUAUUGGUGUUGCAUCCCUCAGUGUUCAGUCUUUUAGCAUCUGGUGUCUCUCUGUGAGGUUUAUAAU